AUGUGUGAAAGAGGCGUCUGGCAGCUGCAGCAGGUUCUCCUGCGCUAUAGCGAGACCGGCUAUAGCAGCAGUGGCGUUCGUUUCUACCUGAAGCACUUGCUACCCAGUUGGGAACAGCGGAACCCUCAGGUGGAGGUGCUUCUGCAGCAAGACAAAUAUGCCCAGCCGCAGGCGACAUUUGUGUUUAGGUCUGGGGCCCGAUCUGAAACCCCUUUAGCGAAUCUGCAGCCACGGCAGCUCGAGGAGCUGCUGCAGCUGCACAGAGACAGCUCUGGGCCGAACCACUUCCUCAAGCACGGGGGGGUUGUGGCGCCCCUCUUUGCCUUCCCAGUUGUUGGCUCUGCGUUGGUUUAG